AGGCAAGUCUUGCAAGGUUUAACACCCUUUCAUGCCCGAAUUAUGUUCCAAUGAUGCAAAAAGAUCUUAGCAAACUGAUUCUAGCUUAAAAAUAGUUUAGAAUUUGAUCUCUAUUGCAAUUUUUCAUAUUCCACAUUAUUUGGGGUAAAAUUGGGGGCUGGGCCAUAUGGUCCUUCUGGGAAUUCAAGGUUAAUUUGACAGUUUCUUCCUUCCUAGCUUUAUAUCUGUAAUCACCACCUACAAAUCAUUUUGCCAAAUAGAAUAGCUGCAUAAAAGAAACUAAUGUCAAGUUCAGUCUACUGCAUUCCUGGGGGAGUUGAAUGUAUGGGUGGGGCUGGGUGUGGCAAACUAAUUUGCGUCAAAACUUGGAAAUAUACCGAAUGCCAGAAGCAAUAGAAACCAAAUAUAAUGUGAUCUCACAAGAGUCAAGUAAUUGAACUACAUGAGCAUUACUGUAAAAAGCUAACUCAAUAUGUAUAAGGGUAUAGAAGAGCCCAACUUCAAUUAUUGCUGCUCUGUUUUGGGCUCCUGUUGAACUACUAAGCUAAAUUAAUUACAAUUGGAUAAUAGAGCUGCAAGAAUAGUGACAAAUAGCCCAAAAGUGUUACCCUGUAUAAAUAAAUAAAUGAAUAAAUAAAUAAAUAAAUAAAUAAACAUCAUACACUUUAAUUGUUGAAAAUUUGCUAGCAUGCUUUAAGUUAUUGUUUUUUAAUUUGUGUCUUUGUAACAAUUUCUUGUAGCUGUGAUACAAAGUCAAACCCUACAUUUGGUGCACCCAAUCCUUGUUUUAUCUCUACAUUUUGAGCACCUUGGUCUGCCUGGUCUAUGUUCAGGCCAAUGUUGGAAUCCAUCAUGGCGAACAUCAUCUUGGGGGAAUCUUGUGGGGAGUCUUCUUGGCCUUUUUGCAAUGUCAUCCUCUGUUGGCUCGAGGCUUGUUCUGCCUCUUCCUCUUUUUGGCAAAAAACUCCUUAUCAACAAGGUGGCCACCUGUACUGUGAAGUGGAGCAGAUCUGUUUGCUCUGCUCGGGGUAUGCCACCCUGUCCACUGAAGGCGCUGGUAAAGGCACCAAGCAUUUAUCAGGCUUGUUCCCAGGAUCCAGAAAAAGAUCCGCAUAUAGCCCUUUUUACACCUAUGGUGAAGUCGAUACAGUGCUUGAAACAUAUCAAACAGAUCGACUCCACCUAUUCCUUCAUUAUAAAUUUGCACAAUUGCAGGCCUUUCAACAUCAACAUACUUCCUUUCCUUGGUACUCCAUCUUCUGACAGCUUCAACUGGUGCUGUGAAAGCAUAAUUGGAGCCAAGCUGCACCAUUUUGUUGUCAUACCACCUCACCACAGUCAGUCCAGAAUUGAGGUCAACUGCACCAUCAAAAGAUCCUCUGCCUUCCUUCUUCAAUUCAUUUUCUGUUUUCAAGGCGCAUCCCUUGAUGUGAUUUUGACGCAGGGUGCCUACAGCAAACAUGCCACAUUCCUUCAACCUUGAAAGUAAAAGAAGGUGGGUGAAAUAGUUGUCAAAGAACACCUUGUAAUUUUGAUGCUUUGGCAAACUUGAACACAUUCUCGGAACUAUAUUAGCUAUUCACUAGACAUAUAUAAAAAGGCCUAGUUGGCUAGUGGAGCAAUUGCUGUUCUAUAGUAGGAUGGGAGUACCUUUGAUGUACACAACAAAUCUGAUAUCUUUAGUAUGCCAACAUCAUUAACAAGCCCUUAAAUACAUCAUAAAUAAUUUUUAUAUAUUCAAAAAGUGUUUAGGCAUCAAAGAUAUUAAAUACAGAAAUGAUAAGACAUUAACAAUUUUCUGUACUCUAGAACGAGGAAUGGUUGCCUUUUGUAUGUUUAUAAUUACCAGCUGAAACAUGAACCAGAAGUCAUGAUCUUGAUUUCAAAAAAGAUACCACUGCAUAUAGUGGAGAAACGUCACCUAAUUUGACUUUGGAGCACGUGUAGCGGCAAUCACUUGGCAAAUUUUCUGCUCAACUAGACAUCAAAUGAGUGACAUUAGAGUAACGCCCUAUUUCAAGUGAGGGAAGAGACACAACCAGGCAUUUGAAGCGUAAAAGAAUUAUGACGUGUUUGGCAAAGUUUUCAAACUGUUAAGUUGAUAUUUUAAGAUAAAUGUCUAGGCCUAGUGCCAAUAGUAGAAGAUCAGCCAAGCAAAAUCACUUGACAAUUGGUGAAUAGAGUUCACAGCAUCUCUACCCUGUGUCAGGAUCGACAGUUGGUGAACGACGCUUUGUUCUAAAGGGGAAAACUACCUCCUGUUCCAGUCAAGAGAAGUUGCAAUAGCGCUGCUUUUGCAAAAGGUCUACUGCAGUUCAAGCAAGAUGAGCAAUAAUUGGUAAAAUAUUUAUGAUUUUUACCAAAACGAAUAUUUUUAUGUAGAAAACUGGGUCAGUAUUGAAAGUCUCUUAAAUUAUCAAAUUGCGUAGUCCAGACUUCUCUCUGUAGUCUCAAUUUCAAAUUAAUGGCCGAUCAUAUGGUAUAAGAAAUAAAACAUGUGGGGAAUCAUCUGAUUCUCUCCUCUAAAUUAUUAACUUUUCUUUGUUUUGAGGGUUUCCUUAAAGGUGGAACAGGCAUGCUUUAGACACAAACUUUUUCUAAUGUAGUUUUGGGUGUAGAUUACGAAUUUAAAUGUGGAUCAAGUGUUUGAGGAGGCGUUUAUGUCAAGUACUGUUUGCUUAUGUGGUGAUUACAAUGUCAGUUAAAACAGAAUAUCAUUUAAAAGUAGCUUUAUAGUAGUGAAUUUGGUCAUUAAAAAACCUUUCUUGUGGGGCCUGUGAACUUUAAACAUUUUAUCUUAUGGGAAGAAAAACCUACAGAAUUUGCAUUUUCAAACAUUAUUAGGGGGAAAUGUGACCAAAAUGUAUUUUCAAUGAUAUAGAACUAAAGGGGCCCCAAACUCUUCAUGUUACUCUACCAAUAAGUGCUAAGGGAGGAAGUCAGCCUUGCUCAACAGCAAAAUUAGCCAAGUUACUUAUCAUUGGUGUCAAACCUGAAUUUAUUUGCAUGUACACUCUGAUCUACCUAAAAACAUUGUUGAAUUCCUUGUAGAUAUAAAUGCACUAAAUUACUGGAGCGACUUUCGCACAGACAUGAACUGUGUAUUGCAGGGCUCUAGGAAAAAAUAAUUUCUCUUUGAGUUUUCAGAAGGCAAAGCUUUUAAUGCUGAUAAGAGCAAUAGCACGCAUGUUGCUACAAGAUACCUUUAUGUUCACAAAACAAACAGCGAUUUCCACAAGGUGAUUGUAAGCGUCAAGCACUUCCUACCAUUCUUUUAUGUCCAAUGCUACUUUAACGAUGGUGAGCACCAGAAAGAGUUCGAUUUUCGAUUUAUGUUGACAAACAUAGUGAUUUCCAUAUGGUAAUUGUCAGGGUCAAGCAUUUGGAAUCUCGUAAAAUUAUACCAAUCUUUUAUGUCCAAUACUACUUUGAUACUUUGAUAUAACAAUACUUUGAUGAUGGUGAGCAUAAGAUAGAAUUCGAUUUUUAACAUUCUGGAAAGGGCUUCAAGAAAAACAUAAGGAAAAAGAGUUCGCUGUUAGGGUUGAGAUGAAGUAAUUGGCUCCAGAAGUACUGAAGGGAAAAGCUAUUUUUGAUAGGCUUUCUAAAAGUGCUGAUGGAUUUGAAAAUGCAAGAUCGUGUCCAGAUUUCCUUAAUUCUACUUAACAGAUAUACAACAUAGUGAGAAAAGAGGUGGCUGUAAAGAAUGAGGAAGUAUAGAUAAGGAAGUAGAACUAAUAGAGUUGUACAACGAGACCUGCUAAUAGUCAAAUGCAUUUGUAAGAGAAGUUAGAACAGCUUGAAAGUUAAAUGCUCUAUUAGCAAAUAAUCGACAACUGAAUGACAUAUGCAUAUUUACCAUCUUUAACUAUUGUUGAAGUGUCUUGGGAAUCUACCCAACUUCCAACAUCUCGAUUACAAUGUUACAGUAGUAAAAAACUACACCCAUUUGCUAUACAGGGAGGGAGCCAACAUAUUUCCUGUGUUGACUGGUCCCAUUCAGAUUAACUCACACAAGACAUACGAGUCAUACUUUAGCCUACCAAAUAUGAUGGUGAGUCUUCACCCAAACCUUGCUGCAAUGAAGACAUUCAGAUGGAAGAUGAAGCAAAUUUCUAUAAAGCACUGAGUGCUUGCUUUUAAAAGGUGAACCACUUCUUUGCUGGAUUCAUGUACAAGUUAAAAUAAAGAAGAAGCUUUUACAACAAGGUGCUGAGGAUAGCAAUACUUAUAUUUAGGAAACUUUUAUUUCAAUGAAAAACAUUACUGCUAUUUUGUUGAUAGUAAGAUUCAUAAAGUUAAAGUAUCUUAAACUACUUCUUUGAAAGUCCUUAACUUGCCGUAAAGGAAUUGUGGCUAUUAAACUUUUUUUAUAAUUUUUAAACAACGCUUUUUAUCAACUUCUUUAAACAUACGUUGUUUUGUUUGGUAGCCUAAUAAAGAGGUUCAAUUCAUUUAUUCUGCCAUACAAAUUCACAGAAAGUGAACAGCGCAAAAAAAAUCUGCUUCUGCUUCUUGUAUUUCACUGCCUAAACUUAUCCUUACUGGAGUUCGAGUUUCAACAAGAAAUCAAAAAAGACAUUGUCCAUUGACCACCUGACAGCAAUUUGUAUAUGGUUACCAACAAACGGCAAUCAUCACAGCCUCACAUGGUAACAGAUGACAAAAACAGAAAUAAGACAAUUUGUCAAUUUGCUCUUUUCCCGAUGCACUAACUGUUUUAUUUUAUCUAAAAGGAAGCUACUUGCAGAAAGAUGUAGUGGUUUUUCUAGAGUAGAAACAUUUUAGUGAAUAGUAAACCUUCUGAAACUUUUUUAAAAUCCAGAUCAGGAUUUUAAAUUUUCCACAAUGUUUCAGUCUCAAAUGAUAAACAUACUGCCAAUGCAAAAAGAGGCUUUAACCGCCUCCCCCAAUAUUUCUAACAUGUUCUUAAAACUAUAAAAUCACCCUUUCUUUGGUUAUGAGCAUGUUUAAACCCCCUCCAAAUAACGUUUUAGCCCCUUCAAUCUUUAAUAGGUUGUGCAGUCCUUGUGAAACAUACCAAAGGGAGUGCAGCCAUUACUGCCUCUAGAACAUUGGAAAGUUCUAAUAUCUUGCUAUUAAUUUUAAAAAUUUAAAAUGAAAACCAUUAUAUGUAUGCUUAUAUAUUAUCAAACAGGGACAUUAUUAAAUGAUAUUUCCAAAUUUAAAGUUCAAUUUUAUGAUUAUGUUUAUUUAACCUCUGGUUUUACUAUGAAACUAAAUAUACCAUUAUGACAUUUGCUAUAUUUAAAUAAUUAACAUUUAGCAAUACACCCUAUACUUCAGGUUACAAGGCAAGAAACCACCAAACCAUUCUUUCCAAACAUCUGAGCCAGAAUGCAGUCAACUCCAGGAGCCACAACAUAGGAAUUACAAUCGUUUGCCGACAAUACAGUGAUGUUUCAAAUAUGAUCGUGGCAAUAAUUGUGCCAAGUCUCCAAGGAACCUGAACCAUGAAUUUAAAAAAAGAGCAAACAGAAAUUAAAAAGCUUGGCAAACGGUGGCCAAAUAAAGUCUAGGCAACUGGCAGCAAAUCCAUUGUCUUUGAAGUCUGUUGUCAAGGAGCUCAGGAAAAGGAAUUUCAUCUCUGAAAACUGGGAAAACAACUGCAGCAGACUCUAUCUACUGUUGCAUUGAUGAAGAGAAUUCCUUUCGGAAAAAACAGGAGAUGAUGCAAAUAUCCAGCCAAAUUGCAAUCAUUUGAUUUGACUUUGCAAUUCUAUUCUAGUAAGGCUUACGAGUUGGGUAGGUUUCUUUUGCUUUAACCUUGCCCUCCCACACCAAGCAUAAAAUCCGCAGAUGGUACAGCAAAAUUCCUGUACAGGCUGAAGAAGCAGCUGUUGAGGGCAAUAGGGUAGUAAUUGCUUUAAUGCUGGAUGAAAUGUCAAGUAGGGAGCAGGUUACAUGGAAUGGUAAAAAUUACUCAUGUGCUGGUGCUGGAAUGCACUGCUCCUUUAUGGCAAAAGUUACAUUGCUUUUGAUGGGCCUUGGAAGGUUUAUUUUGCUUUUUUGUUGUUGGUUGGCUAAGUGACAUGAAUGUGCUAACCUUGUUAAAAGCAUUUGACAUGCAUUAGUACAGCAAAUCCAAAAAUAACUCGAUCAGAGCACAGGCAUUUGAAAGGAAUUUUAAACUACUCAAGUGAAACACUCCAGGGUCUUGCCGAUUUGCAGAACUGGAUAAAAUAUUCACAUGUUUUUCUCUGUGGGCAAUUCAAUUGGUCAACUGCUGGGGGUCAAGUGGCUGUAAGUCACUUUUACCUUUGUCGAAUGCCUUUAAUGUAUGUAUCCAGAGAUUGUGGGAUACUGGUGCUCAUAUUUAUCUCUGUAACAUUUGAUUGUCAAUGCUGCUAUUUUGAAAUGACUACAGAGCUUGGUGCCAGUUUUGAUCCUGGAUCUUUGCGACCAAGUUUCCCUCAUCCCUAAGAAAUACAACAGGUAAGCAUAUAUUUGAGACACAAAGGGAAACUGGCUUUAUAGGAUUUCUAGUUGCAAUCAGAAGAACAUGAAAGUGUUCAAAACACUGGUUGAAGAUGCAGCUGCACCAUUAAUAUUCCUUCUGAUGUAAAAGUUCAGCCAAGAUCAUUCAGAGGAAAAUCAUAUGCGAUUCGUGACAACAGCUUCCAAUCACAAAUGUGGCACUGAUAAACAAAUAUGAUCUUUCUGAAUGACCUGCUUUCCAACCAGACCACUACUAAACUGACACACCAAAUAUGUCUUGUUUUCAGAAGAAAAAGAGACAGUAAUUUCAUACACAGCUGGUUUUAUUAUCAAGAUGGUUCAGAAAUUGAAUGCUUCCAAGACAUGCUGUGAUAUAAUUGGUUCUAUCUCUGGAAACCCAUCAAAUAAUUUCAUGAAAACUGAAAGACAGGGAUGGUCUCUUUAAACCUUUAGCCAGCACAAUUUGAAUAUGCAAUGAAAGAGAGCGCUGUUUUAAAAAAAUGCUUGCUACAACAAAAGGGAACCUUCCAGUUCAAAAAGGAAUUUAUGAUGCCAUUGAUUGGUCUGUUCUGUAAAACCUUUAUAUUUUAAAAGAUUUCAGGAAAUUAGACGACCACAUGCUUAAAUGCUCAGUUAAAGAUAAUCAUGUCUUUGCAUUAAUUUCAGUGUUAAGUACAAACUUUCAUUUUUUGAGAUGUUUUAGACUUGUUUACAUUUAAAUAGUUGUUCAUCAUUAGACUUGUUUACGAUUUUUGCCUUUGUUUUCGAGUUGUUUGCAUCUUUUGUUUUGUUUUAUAAAUGCCCCUGUAGACUCAACUGCCUGUGGAGUCGUGAGAUAUUAACUCCAUUGUUGUUAAAAGCUUCUUAUAGUAGAAUCGUUUAUACCUUUGAGAGUAAAUUUUAUGUAUAAAUAUGCGAGUAGUUUUUGGUAGAGGCUAUGUUAAUUUCUUAGCUUUAUUAACUUCUAUCUUUGUUGAUUAUUAUAUUAUUGAUUAAUUCUAGUUAAUUGAUUGUUUCAAAAGAAAAGCUAUUGAAAGAAAGCCUCAAAACAAAGUGAAAGAAAGAAAGUGCAUAUAGAUUUGAAACUAUUGAUGAUGCGAAAGAUAGAAAACAAGAAAUUGCAUUUUCGGUAGACUGCAAUAUUCCCCAAUGUUAUGAAUGGUGGAUUGACUCUGGUGCUUCACAGCAUAUGACACAAGAAAAGAAAGGACUUUGUGAUUAUAUUAUCUUUAAAGAGCCACUAAAAGUAAAACUGGCUGAUAACAGAAUUUUGCUUGCCUAUGGGAAAGGAAGUCUUCAUGCACAGUCUACGAUGGCACAGAAAAGGUGGAUGUGGUUCUGAAGGAUGUUUUGUAUGUACAAAAGGUACAAAAUAAAUUGCUUUCAUUGCCAUCAAUGACAGAAAGAGGGGCUGAAGUUCAGUUUAAAGGACCGUUCUGUAAAAGUCAUAAUUGAUGACAAGUCAUUUACAAUUGGACAUAAUCAUGAAAGUUGUACAAAUUGAACUCUGAACCAGUACACACAUCUUAUCUUGGAUCUGCAGUUGAUAAAGGUAAAAGUCAAUUUGGCAUUGUCGUUUUGGUUAUUUGGGUGCUGACAAUAUGAAAAAAUUGUUGACAGAAGAAUUAGUUGAUUGUAUGGAUUGUAACAUAACUGAUGAUGUUAAUGAGCAAGUAUUUGAAAGUUGCCUUAUUGGAAAACAACAUCGUAAUCCAUUUCCAAAAGCAUAAUUUAAUCGAGCAUCAGAAGUUCUUGCAAAAAUACACUGUGAUGUAUGUGGUCCUAUUAAUGUGGAAUCACUUGGAAAGUCAAGAUAUUUUGUGACAUUGAUAGAGGAUGCAUCUCGAUACACUUAUGUUCAUUUCAUACAGCACAAGAGUGAAGCCUCAACAAGUUCAAAGAGUUUGUCAAUUUGUCAACCAACCAGACUGGAAAGAAAGUCAAGAAAUUACGUACAGAUAAUGGUGGUGAAGUUGGCUCCAAAGAGUUUGCAAAAACCUGAAGGAAAGGGGAAUUGUACAACACAACAACACCAAUGAAUCCAGAACAGAAGAGAGUUGCAGAGCGUAUGAAUAGAACUAUUGUUGAAACAGCUCGUUCUAUGUUACAUUAUGCUAAUCUACCAACCUCAUUUUGGGCAGAAGCAGUGAGCACAGCAGUGCUCUUGAGAAACCGCAGCCCAACAGUUCCUGUCAAUAAGAAGACACCUUUUGAAUGUUGGUACAAUGCAAAGCUGAAUGUUUCAAAUCUUGAAGUAUUUGGUUGCAUAGCAUAUGUACAUGUUGCAGACGAGAAUUGUCACAAGUUUGAUGCAAAAUCCAAACAAGUGGUAUUCGUUGCAUACCCAUAAACUUUAUGAUCUUCAGACAAAGAGCUUCAUUCCGAGUCGUGAUGUCAAGUUUCUUGAAAGCACCUUCAGUAAUAAUGGUAUGUUUGCAUUUGAAAAGAGAAUCAAAGAUGAAGAUUUGUAGUGAUUUUAAUAUUGUAAAAUAGGCCACAUUCUACUCCUUCCUCGAUCAUGCCAUCACCAUGACAUCCACCUAUGUCAUUCACGGCAUCACAUACUACAGGGCAUUCUCUUCACCAUUGUUUGCAGCUUCGCACAUCUAUGUCAUGCUGAUUUUUUCCCAAGUCUAGAUCUUUUUUUUUCCAUUGCCUCAUCAUUACAUCAUCAAAACACAUCUGCCAAGACAAUUCCUAGGGUUUCAUGCUCUGUCUGUGAAUAUUGUCAUUCUGUAGGCAUCAUACACAACUACUCUCCUUUGUUUUGUUGGCAAAAGUUGCGAUAAAGUUACAGAGAGGUCUACAGAUGAUGCAUCGGUGAUGACUUAUGUUUUUUUGUGUAGAUCAAAGUAUACCACGGCAGUGUGACUUGUCAAUGCUUUCUGAAAUUUAUCAAAAUUAUGAUGUUGUUUUUCAUUGUGUGUUUUUGUGGAAUUGUGUUUUUUUCUUUACAAGUUCACUUAGUGAGUGUAUAUGAUCACCAAAAGCCGCAAUGAACUUUGCACAAUAUGUAGCCAUUCGAAGGAAACUUCGGACUUUGCUAGCUGAUUGAGGUUUAGAUGCAUUAUGGAUUGACUUCACUUUUUCUAGAUCUGACAAAACAUCUUUGUCGGAAAAGAUGAAACCAAAGAAAGUCAAAGACUUCUGAGCACACAGACAUUUGUCGCGAUUCAGACUAAGUCCAACUUUCAUGAACUUCUCUAUAACAGCCUGCAGUGCAAUGUUUUGUUCUUCUGGAGUUUUACCAUAAAUAAUUAUGUCAAGGAAUCAAGGUCAAGGAAUGGAAUAGCCUUCCUGCUGAAUUAGUGCCAAAAUUUAAUCUUUUUUAUCAAAGCAGACCUUUGUGUGUUGUGAAAGUAGUGACAUAUCUUUUGGGGGCAAGUGUUACCUGACGAUAUCCAGACCAAACACAAACUGUUAAUGCCACUUUCUUGCAUAUUCAGAAUAAGUAAUUUUGAAUGUAUUUGUAUAAUAAUGGAAUAAAUACAAACGUGAGUAUUUUUUAAUGUGAUUAUUGGCUCAGUGAGAAUAUUUAUUGUAAUUUAUCCUGAAAUUACAAAAAAAUCGAAAGUGAUAUUUCUGUGUUAUACAAUGGCAAAUCUGGAUAUGUAAAAAUGAAUUUUAAAUGAAAUUUCACUACGCCAUUACUCAGGUUAGAAAGAGCCAAGACUUUCUGAUGUUGUUGAUGUUGACCAGGACGGUUUCAAGUUAAACUUAGAAAUUGAAGUUUAAUACCAUCAUUAGGCAACAUUGAAUGAAUUAAUAAAGUUUUGUAUUAUACUAUGUAUAAAUAAAGUUAACUAUGUAUUAAAAAUAUUUUGAGCAAACCUUACCUUUUAAUUUUGUGUCGAGCUAGCAAUGUAAACAUUUGAAAAUUGAAAAUUUCAGUUUCCUCAGCAAAAGAAAGAUCAAGCAGAGUGGGCCCCCCUUGACCGUGAUCCCUGUGAGCCAUCUUCAUUUUCAGUGUUAUGAAUUAGAAACUCGCUAAUUGCUAAUUGCAUUGCCACAGCUAUGACACCAUGCAAACAAUAGUUUAAAACAAACAAUAAACAGCUAAGACAUUACCCUCAAUUUUCAUCGCCUAAUGUGCACUUUCUGAAUCAUGAGCAAAGGGCUUAUAAUUGCUAUAAAAGAUAAACAACUUCCUACCAAAUCAAUUCAAUAGGUUCAAAGGCAGAAACGAGAAAAGAAAGAGAAUCAUUUCUAGAACUCAUUUGAAAAUGUAAUACUCAAAAAAUAACUUGGAUGGUUAGUUCAAAUGUGACCGAUCAGUGUUUUUGUUACUCGCGUUAAUCCAUCCUCAUUGACAACACUAGCAACUCUUGUUGGCUCUUUUUUUGCUGCUCAAAUGGAAUUCGUUGUAGAUUGAUUUUGGUUGUUUCAUAGGGCCUUCAUUUGGCUUUCUAAAGUCACGGUUGGUAUCCUCCAUCAGAUAAAUUUAUUUCCCCUCUGCAUCUUCUUUAAAAGUAAGUUAUCGAGGGCUUCAAAUGUAUCCUUGUCAUAAUCCGGCAUUGGGGGUCUAUACAAAGAAAGGACAAUGCAAACAGAGGUUUUUUGCGUGCUGAGGCGUAAUCACAACCCCAAUCAUUUUUAUUUUUGGGUCUUCAAUAUCUGACCUAUGCAAAUGUAUGCAUUGACAAAAUUUUCCUGUAAAUAAAACCUCUCAGGAGUUUUAAUCAGGGUAUCCUUCAGGUUUAAUGUACAUGGGGUGUGUAUUGUUCCUGUUUGUACCAUAUUUUGCAAAUGUUGAGAAAGCUAAUUCUCUUGCUCUGUGGUCAAAUGAAAGCAACUUUUCUGCUAUAAAAAGUGAAAAAUUUUCUGGUUGCUUUCCUGGUACUUUCAAAGCAGCUAUACAUGUGUUCAUCGGCUCAACCUUCUUUUCUUCAAAUGCUGUCUUUUUCAAUUUUGGGGCUGAAUUUUGACUUUUGGCUGACUUUGAGACAUCACCAUCUGAUGUCUUGUAAACUGUCUCUGCUCUUUCCUUGCUGAAGCAUAGCAAAAACUGGAGCCUCUCCAAAUAAUUCCAUGCUGAUUUGUAUAGUUGAUCAGUGCUUUGGCCAGAUUUGGUUUUAUUUACUUUGCUUAUCUCUCUGCCAAGAGUUGAGAUCUCAAUGUUAGAAAUGUUGUCUUAAUUUCUGCUGGUGAAGCAUCCAAAGAACCACUCAUCUCAGACAGAGUCCUUUCCCUAUGUGUUUAAAAUUGUAUGAUUUGUCAUAAACAUUCCACAAACAAGCUUUUUUUCUAAAAGAUCGAUCAGCAAUACCACAUCAUCAUUCGACCACUUCUUUGUUCCUUUCUGGGUUUGCUUUUUUCCUACUGUAGCAUCUGGUUGGGCUUGCUUUCCUACCAUGUUGCCUUUUAUCAGCACUGUGUUUCCUGAUGUUACAUUAAAUGAUGCCAGGAUAGACUGAUCCCGAAUUCAAAUGUUGUAAUUGAUUCUCAUCAUCAGAACGAGACAAAGCAUGACAAGCUUUUCCAUCUCCAAUGUCUGCCGAAAUGAAACUAAUGAAAGAUUUCAUGAAAGAACUUGAAAUCAUCCUCGACAAUUUGUUUCAAAAUACAGAAGUGUCUUUUCAUAAAGAGAUUGAGAUUCAUCAUUGCAUUUGCAUAGUUUCUGAUGAGUCCUGCAAUAUUUUCGAAAGUGCUCUGGACUGGGGAAAGGAUCUCACUCGCAUACCCAUAUUUACAUUGAAGGACAUCAAGAAUCAUAGACUUUGAAGUGGAAAAUUGAAAGGAAUUUCAGUUUGAAAGACUUUGCUGACAGAUAAAAGGUCAAAGAUGAAUGCAACAUAUCAGCGGACACAUUUUUCAAAACUUUUAUGAAAGAAAGGUUCAAAGUUAAAUGUAUGUGUAAAGUUCCAAUAAAAUUUGGAGAAAAAGUUCGAAAGUUUCAUUUGCAACCUGUUCAUGUCUUGCAGGAAAAGGCAUACUGUAACCAUUUUAUGGUACUUUUGCUAGAAUUGGUAGAUUAUUCCACCCAGCUUCUUCAAACUGUCCCUGGAGAGGUGGCUUGUACAAGUCAGCUUACACAGUGGGUUUGCCCAAGUAAUAAGGGUUAAAGGAAAUUUUUUUUUCUCAUCGAUGAUUCAAUAUGUUUAGAAAAAAACUUGAAAACUUCAAUUUUAUUUUAUUUUUUACAACAAUUUUAAUUAAUAAAUCAGGGAUAUUGUUUCUACAAUUUCAAUGUUGGAUGUGUCAACUUCAACUUUUGUUCACCUAUUCCUGGAACCGCAUAUGCAUAGUAUAGCACUACAAAGAAGUUCAAAUGACAACUUUGUGCGAAUUCAAUUAGUCACCAGUGAAAUUGAAAGAUCACGUUUCUCUGAAAUCUUCAUAGAUAAAACCGCUAAAAACUUUUCAGUUUCUCUACUUGAACCACCACUGUGAGCGAAAAUCAAUGGCGUAAAAGAACCAUGCUCAACUUGUAAAACCCUUUAACUGUAGGUGCGUUUCUUCUCUCUUUCAUUCCCUGCAAAAGUGUUGUCUAGUUUCUGGUUUCUGUACGAAGGUGUGAAUAGGUUGAAUACCCUUACAUCAAAAAAUGCACUUUGUUCCUUCUGCCAAAAGCCAUGUAUGCUGAUGUCAAGCCUUGCCUCUUUUGAUUUGUUGGAAUUCUUUGGGAGAUAGAAGAGGCAUAACUCCAAUUGCAUAAACAGGCAUAGCAAAUGGAUCCCAUUGGGUCGUUCCUUUGGCAGAUGGUAUUUCUUUACCUCUUGUGAUAAAGAGACGAGAUGCUUUUCCAUAGCAGUUAUUUACAUAUUGAGUGUCUCUCUAUUUAAGCUAUUAAAGGCAUUUGAUGCUUCCACUAGAAGAAGGCCAUCAGUUUCUUCCUCUUCAAAUAUAUCUUUCAUUGCAUGUAUUGCAGCCUCGAAGGUAAUCAAGUGCAUGACUGUAGAUAUCAGGCUUAAUGACACUGAUAAUUGAUUUUCCAAUGAUCUGUCUCAAUACUUCGCCAAUACCAAUUGGUCAAACUCCAGGAUUCUUGUCAAGAGGGACCAAGUGGCAUGAAAACAAAUGCUUCAAUCUAGCCUUUGUUUGAUAUCUCUUGUGUACAGUAUGCAUGUGAAUUUUGCUAAAGCUGUUCUCAGUUCCUUUCAGUUUCAGUUCCCAAAAUUCGAUCCUAUAAUGAAGAAACUAAAACACUGAUCAGAAACUUUCAACCCAGGAUUUCCCUUCUUUCAGAAAAUUAUAAUAACCCCACUGUUCAAAAGGAUUUACAAUAUUUCUUAGAGGUAGCAUUUAAAGAUUUCCUUCAGGAAUUAUCUCGACAUAUAACGUUGGGUAAUUAUAAAUUCUCAACCAUAGUCACAGUGGGUAAUUCUUACACACAGCAACAUGUUGGGUUAUUUUUACGCAUGCCAUUAAUUACGUAAUGUGAUUGUUUUUUUCUAAAAAAAACUUCAGUCCAUCUAGGGUAUUCAUUCCUCUUUCUGUUGAUGUGAAACUUAGCAGUAGGUAUGGACGACAGUCUUUGUGAAUACAAUUGGCAGACAUUAAUCAGAAUUUACCUAGGUACCUAAGUUAUCAACAAUACUCAUCAACUUUAUUGCCCUGGCACAAUAACUAAUCCUUUUAAACAUUCAAAUGACCCUUUUGUGGGUCUCCCUUGACCUACUCAAGUGCUGCUAAGAAAUACUUUUCCGUCUUUCGUUAAAGGAUGUGCCUGAAUAUUAGCUGACGCCUAUGAGGUAGGCGUUUAAUUUUUACGCCAUUACUCAAGGAAGAACAGGGUUUAAAUUAACGAUGCAAUCUUUAUUUCAUUAAUUUAGAGAAAGAGUGAAACUGAAUUUUCAUUAAAAAAUGUCUAAGGCUGCUAAAAAAAGUUCUAAAAAUUGGUCGAGUAAGGAUAUUGACCAAGCUUUGGCUGAAAUUCAAAGUGGACAAUCAAUUAGGAGCACUGCAUCAAAAUAUGGGAUGUCUGAAGGAACACUUAGAUAUCGUUCUAAAUUGUUAGAAAAGGAAACUCUUCAAAAAGGGCGUCCAACUGCUUUUGAUAAGAAACUGAAAGGAAUCUUGCAUCUUGCAUUGGAAUUAUGUGCGAACUUGGUUUUAGCCCUACCCUUUAAGAGAUUCAUCAUAUUGUUUCUUGUUACUUGUCCGCUAACAGCUUAUUGUUGUCCUCAUUCAAAACUAAGAAACCUGGCAAGGAUUGGUUUUACGUGUUUGCUAAGAGGAAUAACCUGUCAUUGAAGAAGGCCGCUUUAAUCAGCUCUGCUAGAAAGUCAGCAACAGCAAACCCCUUCUUUGUUUAUGAUUUCUAUGACCAGCUGGAUAAAAUCAUAAAAUCUAACAACUUUAAUGAUGAACAAAUCUGGAACUGCCAUGAAUCUGGCUUUUCAAGUGACCAAGGACACUGCAGAGUAGUCAGUGAAAACGAAAAAGUGGCAUAUAAGGUUACUUGUGGAGCUGGGCGUGAAAACAACCAUGUUAGCUUUCUGCAAUGCUGCGAGAAAAUAGUUAGGUCCUUUCAUUAUCUUUACUGGUAAAAAUCUGCAGUCAACAUGGAGGGGAGAGAGGGCUUUACCUGGAACGUGGUAUGGGGUAUCUCAGAAUGGAUGGAUGACAACAGAACUGUUUGAAGGAUGGUUUAAACAAGAGAUAAAAACAAGACCUUUGCUGUUAAUCUUUGAUCUGGCCCAUGUAUCCAUUUCUGUGAUCAAAAAAGCCAUUGAAGAAAAUGUUAUUCUUGUCAAGCUACCCCCUCAAGUAACUGAUAAGCUACAGCCACUUGAUGUUUCUUUCUUUGGGCCUAUGAAAAGACUUUGGAAGAAAACGCUCCACAGCUGGAUUAAUGAUUAUGGUCCCCGGGAACCUAUAAGAAAAGCCCAACUUCUUAAUAAGUUGGGGGAUAUUUGGCACAAGGGUUUGUCCCCUGAAAAUAUUACAGCUGGCUUUAGGGCUACAGGUGUUUUCCGGUUGACAGAAAGCAAUUUCUGGUUGAGCAUUUUGACGCUCAUCUUAUUAAGCCUUACGAUGCAUGGUCACAAGCAGGUCAACCGAAACAGCUCUUAAAUGACCUUGCUACUAGGGUUCGUUUACCCAAAAAGGCUAGCUCGCAAAAAGGAAGAUCUUUUCUCAAGCAACCCAUGGGGCCACAAGCUACAUCAAUCCCUUCAAAAACACGUGUUUCCAAUAAUGAUUGUCACUGUUUUCUGGCACAACAACUUGGUCCUUUUCCUUGUCUAGCCCUCUCUGGAAAAGUAUGGGUCCUAAUAUGACACCUACAAGUUGAGCCUUUGCAGCAACAAAGCCAAAACCAGAUUUUUGAAGAACUUAUUCUGGAAAAAAUGAAAGGCCAAAAAAGAAGCACUGCAAGAAAGAUUUGACGACAAAAGGUAUUUGCGAAGAGGACUAUUUGAAUGCAAUUAAGGAGAAAGAAGAAAAGCAAGGCAGCGAGAUAUGGAAAAGAAAAGGAGGGCAACCAAAAAAGCUGAAGGCUGACGACAAUUCCUCCCAAAUCCAAGAAGAGGAUUUUCUGAGUCAGAAAAAGAGAGAAGUGAUGAUGAUGUGAGCGAAGGAGAUCUUGCAACAAAACCUUCUUUCCCACCCACUACUCAAUGCCAAGGGACAAUCUACUUAAAGGAAUUCUAGCAGUCUCUGUGCCCCCAGUGGAAGAAGUUGAAAUUGUUGGGAAAUGGUAUGCUGCGAUUUUUUUGAGGAAAAAGUCAGCAGAUCUACAAUGCAAAGUCACAAUGAAAUUUUUGGCGGAUGUGGGUGGCGCCAGCAAAUGGCAUCAAACUUGAUUGUUUAGAGGCAUGUUUUGGCAGUGGGACGGUCUUGGAAUGAAUUCCAUCACAUUUAACUGAGGGAAAUAGACCUCUUUGAUAUUCAGAAUGUUUUUGCCAGCCCCUUACUUGUAAAACCAGUAAAGGGAAACAAGUGGGAGGUCCCAGAUUAUGUUUAGCGGGCGUUUGACAUUAUUUCAAAAAUUGACCGCGAACACGAAUAUUCGUCAAACUUUUUACAAUUUAAAAACAAUAACAGUGAAACUAUCUAAAUCGUUCUGUUGAUAUUCAACUUUUAGUAUUUUAAAACCAAAAUCAUCCACAUAAAUUAAAUUCUGCCAUUUCAAUGUUUUAUAUCCAUAAAAAUUGGCAUAAUAAAACACGCUUGACUUGCAUUUUUUACAAGUAGCUUUAUUUUGCUGUACUCAAUGUUUGUAGUCAAUUUUCGAUUGCAGUCAACCACACUAUUUGGUAGUAUUUCUGGUUUUUGAUCAGAAAUUGAUAUGCGUAAAAUAUAACCGAUGCCACAUAAGAAUUGAUGGAAAGGUCGGCUAAUAUUUAUGCAAUUAAAAUUAAUUGAAUAAUUAGUAGGCAGUUUUGAUAUUUCAUCACCUGUUGUUGUCUGCUAAUUAAGUAUUUAUUAUAAAUUCAUCAGGUAUAGUCAGGUCAUCAAAUUACUUUGUUAUUGCCCAUAAAUUCAAAGAUGAUAGAAAAUGCGUAAAAUUUGCCUGCCAUGACUAUACUAUUGCAAUCAUUUCCAUUUUUCUAGAUCAUUCUUAAUAAAGAUAUAUUUAAAGCUCAUUUGCCAGUUAACUUUACACAUCAGACUGCUACCAAAGUUUGUUACUUGUUUCUUCACUUUGGCAAAUAGCUUUUGUCAGAUGACUUUAAUCUUUGGCAAAAUGAGCCAAUGUCAUAUUCUUUGGAACAAAUUGAGCAAUCCUCUCCAGCAUCCAAAUAUACUCCGCCAUCACCUUCAGCAAUGUAUGAACACAGUUGCAGUUUGCGUCAUUCCAUCUGCAAGCCUGAUACUGCAAGUUGCAUUUAUUAAAAGUAAACUGAAGAAAUAAUUGAGUGUUACAUUUAGACAUGUCAUGUAUAGUCUUGAUGGUUUUGCCAUGUUUCAUCGCCAAUUUUGCUGAAUGAGUACAUCACUUUCGCUGGGUACAUCACUUUCAGUAAUAAGUAAAAGCAAAUUACCUUUACCAAAGGAAGCUUUAUUAGAACUGUUGUCUACACCUUGUCAAAAUAUCACAAGCACUUCAUCACACCACCCACAUCGCAAAUAUGACUUCCUACAUUUGCUAUCACAACAAACAUGUAGACAUAAAUGUAGAGUUUUGCUGAGUUCUAGUUUUUCAUCCAGUGUAACAUUAUCGCUGGAAAUGAAGUACGAUUGAAAAUGACAAAAAAAAGUUGUAGCAUUCUUUAUGAAUCAAUAAAGACAUCGGAUAACCUGAUAACUGCAAGUCAGAGUACUCUCGAAACGCUUAUCGACUGCAAGAACAUUCAUGUGAGCCUAGGUGGUGAAAACCAUCAUGUUGAUCAAUGCAGCAAGAUUCCUGACACUAUAGAAGAAAGCUCAGAUUUCUUCUACCAUAGAAAAUGUUAUCAAAAGUUUACUUAUGUGAGACGCUGAUGAAAAGAAAGAAAGGUAUAGAUGAAGAGAAGGAGGCAAGAACUUGAGUUGAAAGAACUUAGAGGGGCACAUCUUGGAGUGUGGAUGAAAUAUGGCCAAGGGGAUUUUUUCCAGAUCUAUGCAUGAUAUGUAAGAAGAAAACCCUUAAAGUCAAUAAUAAGCGCCAGCCUUUCACGAAGAUUGUAACAAAAUCUGCAGAGAGAAUUACAGGUAAGUUUCAAAAUGUGGUGAGGAUCAGGGGUGAAAAACAAAGGAUGGAUAUAGGCCUCAUGUAAACAGGAACCACAGCUGUCACCAUGUGAACACUGUUUCGGUGAACUUGUUUUACUUGGAGAGAACUUUUAAAAAUUUAAAAUCCCAGUUAACCCUUUGUAUUUACAGUUAACCCUACGGUUAACCCUACAGCUAACCCUUUCAAGAAUAACAGGCAAUGCCUACAAAAUGACGGUUAACCUCUCUCAGAAUUAAAAAUAUAUUAACUUAUUUUAAUGUCAAAAGGUUAACUGAGGUUCACCGUUGAUUUGUGUUUUAAAAGCUAUUGUUUAUAUGGUUAACCGUGGGGUUAACUGUAGGGUUAACCAUGAAACCUCCCCAACAGUACUACUAAUUCAGAUUUGUUUGGUAUAUGUUGAAUCAUUAUCUCAACAAAACAUUAAAAUACGCUGGGAUUUAUGUGCAAUAAUGUUGUUAUAAAUUGUUAUUAGUGCUCCUUAGUUGGUUUUCAAAUUGUUAUAUGAUGCAGUUUUCUUUUAUUGGUAGACUAAUUAUUCAUAGACUUGCCUUUUGUUUAUAGUAGAGUGUCUAGAUUUUUCAUGUAUUUUGUUUGCAGAUAUUUGAUAAAUGUUUAGUUAGGACAGAAAUAUCGAAUACAUAUCUUCUCAUUGGUGCCAUCAUUUUUCUUAGUCUAUUUAUUUAGAUUUGAGAAUGGAAAAACAAUGAUUUCAAAGUAUUCAGUUUUCUCUUAAUAAGUUACAGAGAUGAUAUACAUAAAUACAUACACUUUAUAAAAUAUAAAAACAAAUCAUUCUCAGUACUUCAGGCGUUCACCCUUGCAAUCUACUAUUAGCUGAAUUCUUCUGUGCAUACUUUCUUUUAUACUGUUUAUUGUGGAGACUGAUAUUUCAUUCAGGAUUCGCCUAAUUCUGUUCUCAAAAGCUCCAAUGCUUUAAACAGUAAUGUUAUUGUCAAUGGCAUCUUGACCAAGCAUUCUUUUUGCAAUGCCGGAGAGAUUUUCUUUCGGAUUUAUGUCCGGACUCCUAGAAGGAAUUGAUAACAAUUCUGAGUUUAGUUCUCUCAUAGCAUUUAAAGCCAAAGCACUGUUCUGCGACGGGUCUCCAUCGUUAAUCCAACAUCUAGAGUCUUUUCCUGCUGCAGCUACCAUUUUGUCAAAAUUAUCAAGCAAAAGGUUUUUGAAAAAUUCCCCAUUCAUCUUGUCGUAUCUUUGGCAGCAGACCACGCCUUUAUCAUAAGAAAUUGCCACUAUCACCUUGACAUACUUGCCAGCAGUUCCACAUGAUCGCCCUUUGGAAGUACAUCACCGGAUUAACCCUUCAUGUUUAGCCCUCCACACUCUCCCACCAGGUGCUAGCGCCUGAUCUUUAGGAUUUCUCUUGUACACAAAACCAAGUAGAAUGCCACUCGUUUCGUCCAAAUAUCUACAUGAUAUUUUGUGCGCUUUUUUUGUCCUCAUUACUGAGCAGUCCUUUUUUCCUUGCUUGCAAAUAGUUGUACCCAGACAGGUUUAGGCUGCGUACACACUGAGAGCAAAAUAGCAAAUGAGCGAAUUAGCGUUAAGAUAGUUUGUACUGAAAACAAUACGCUUGUUCACAUCAAGACAGAGCGAUAGCAACAAGGAGCGACACAAUUACUUCUCAUGUAUUUGAUCGCUGCGAACGGAAAGGAAAAACAGCAAUGGACUUUGAUUAUAUCGUUGACAUACAACUGAUUAGUUACUGGGAAUAGUCUGACGAUACUGGUUUUCAACCAGACCAGUAUUAAAGUACAUGGCCUAAUAUUUGGGAAAGAGGGUGGCCCCCACUAACUGCCAACUGUACUUUAUAUUUGAAGCAAAACAAUAGACAUCCCCCCACCAAUAUAAAUUCAUUUCCAACGAUACUGCAAUAACAAGGCAAACAUAGAUGAGUGCAUUCUGAAUCUGAAAUAGCCUUGUCAUUCCUCAACUGCGGCACCAAAUAAAAAUAUCCACCAGUUAAGAGCAAAUAUCUACUUUUAAUAAAAAGCAGUUCUUUUCGCUUUUUAUUUCUUUAACCCAGAAUCAUCUUCAUUUUUAAAAAAGAGAAUAUUUAAGAAAUCAUCUUUCAGAUAAAAUCAUUCUUUUCGUUUUAAAUCAGCCACUGCGCCAUCAAACUUCACACUGCAAAACUGUUUGAUUCGCGGUUUUUCGCUCGCAGCAUGUUGUUCCGUUAGCUUCUGUUCGCUCCUGUUCGCUUCGCUUUGCUUCUCUUUUUCGCUUCAGUGUGAACGUGGCCUUAGGAAUCUUGAGACACUACGUUGCAAAACAUCUUGCACAUCUGCUCUUGCCAUCAGUCUUUUAACGGUCUAGUCUGCACCUUCUUUUCUCAAAACCUUUAUUGUUCUUAUUAGUUUCACAUUCACUCCAGUUUCAUUAUGUGUCCUUUUUCUAAAACUUCCUUAAAGUCUUGAUGUUAUCAGAAAUAGCUGAUUUUUUCUUAAAAAACUUCAAGGAAUGCAAUCCUAUAUUAACAAAAAUGAGCUCAUUUACAGUUUUUCGAGAUUUCAUUCUGAAUCUGAAGAUAUUUCAUUAAAAGUUUAUUUUGUUAGUUCCAGUUUAUUUUAUCUGUUUGAAAGAAGGUUAUAUUCUGGUCCAGUUUGUUUUUUAGCAUAGGGUUAAAAACAUUAACCAAUAUAAAUACUUUUAUUUCAUAGGUAUACAUGAUCAUAUAUGUAGAAAUUAUCCUGCCACAGGAUCGCAAUUAGUGGUCGGAGACAGAGAGGUGACAAAUAUAUGACACUCCCUCUCCAACGCUGACUAGUUAGAAUCACCAAAAGGUUCAAAAUUAAGAAUCCAAAGAUUCAAAUUCAAGAAAAGAGGACUGUAUAUAAGUUAAACUAAAUAGAUCGAUAAUACUCUAACUCCUAAAUAUCUAGAAAACAAGAAACCAUCAAUUAAAUAGAAGAAUAUUAAGGAAUUAAGGAACUAAACCCAAUCAAAAUAAAACCGAAACGAUGUCACCUGAAUAUAUUUAUAACACGGUUCAAGAGUUAUUGGGUUCGUCUUUGUCUUCAUGCUCGUCAGAAUAGAAUGUUUCUUUUUCCCUUUCAACGUCCGUGCGUCCUUCUUUCCAGAUUCAGAGUCAUUCGAACAAGUCUGGUUAAUAAAGAGAGGAAACUCUGUUAGGAUAACAGAUCAAAGGUUCUCGCUUUAGAGUCCCUGCAAUGACCAAACUUUCACUUAGAGUUCGGGAUGUCGCUAGCUUGGUACUUCCAGAGGUAGGAAUCACAGCUGUGAUCACAUGUAGGGUACAUUGCUCUAUAAUUCUCAGUUUCAUAAAAUAGCUCCAGAGGCUAUGUAGCAACAAAUCUGAUCAGUAUAUAAACUGCACAACCUCUUGCGAGGUCUUGAAAUUUAUAAAUGGAGUAGAAGCGAGAAAUAAGUCAAAUUUUGUAAAAUUUCUUGAAAAUUAAACUUUCAGACAAAUAUAUUCUUUGUAAUUAAAAAUUCAGAAGGAAACUCUAAAUAUCUUUGUCAUUUAAAUGUUAUUGUUUGCUUCUUCAAUAGAAGCCUAGCAAACGCUAGUGCGUUCCUGCAAAUAUUUUGGGAAAGUUUAUGUUGACCUUCGCAGGCAUCUCAAAGACCAGCAUAAAAUGACCUUAAAAGACCACAGUUGACUGAAAGACCAAUGGAUGGGGAAAUAGUUCAUUCCUACAAAAGCUUGGACUAUAUGUAAUAUAGAGCUGCUGAGCAAUGUCAAGUUGAGUCCUGUAGAGAAAAAGGUGUGCCAAUUUGUGACCUGACGAGGCAUUUGUGCAAAGUUCAUGGCAUGUCACGUAGCUAUUAUUACAGGUAAUUUAUCUAGUUUAUCUAAAAUGAAUGUUAUAUUUGGAUAUAUGUGGCACAUUACCACGAAAUUUCUCUAGAAAAAUCUUCUAUUCAAAAUGUAUCAUGAUACUUAUAUGAUUCCUUUGUCAUAACAAGGACAACAUUAACCUUAUCAAGGAGAGGCUACAAUGACACUAUCCCAGGUAAUGUGUUAUUAGUUUGUAUCUAUUAUUUGCAAGAGACGCACUAAUUUUUUGUCACUACAAAGUGAUAUAUUGAAAACUAGCAAAAUCUCUGAAGAUGGGAGCUAGGUUCUACUGUAAAUUUUCUAGCAACUAUACAAAAUUGGAGCACAAGGCCAUUGUUACCCAAGAGGCAAGUAAAGCAGUCCUUUCAGUUUAUUUGCAAGGAGAAAGGCAAUUCUUGCCAAAGCCUGAUAUUGGACAGUUUGAUGAUUUUCCAGGUAUGCCAAUUUAUCCAUAAAAAUUAUAUCAAGUACAAGUGUGUCUUUUUCAAUUAGUGUUUUCUAUGGUGCAUUUUAACAAUUAACUUCACUUGCACAUAAGCAGCCCAAAUGCUCACACUAAAAAGUGUUUCCAGAAUUAGAGGGCCCAUUCCUGAGUUUAAACUAUAGGAGUCUUAAGACAAGAAGUUUUUGUUUUAAAGGCAUCACCCUCUGACCCCCUCCCCUUUGUUCUGUUCCUAUAUAGAUUUUUUAAUCAACACGUAUAGUGUACCAAUGCAUAUGACAACUGGAGGGAAGUUGAAGAGUGGCUGCCAUGAAAAUAUGGCAUCACUGUCGUGACAAAAGAGGCUCAGUUAUGAGUGUUUAUAUUAGUAGCCUCAUUUAUUUUAGUUCCAUGGCUGUUCCUACAGUUCAAAGCUCAUUGCCUGGUCGCUUUGCUAGUUCUCUCCUUGUUCUGUGGUCAUUCAACUUGUUCCAUGCACAUUAAGCUAGUUCCUCAUUUUAGCAACAUUGAUUUGGGAGUUUGAUAAAAGAGAAAUCUUGAUCACAGCAUUUUUAUUGCUACUAACAAAAUACUGGUAUAGUUUUUAGCAGUCUUUUUCAUUAAAUACUUAUAUAAUUAUUAUUAUGCAUAUUAGAAAGAAAAUGUGUACAAAUGUUGUAUCUGCAAAGAAGUAUCUACCGAUUAGUUUCUAAUUAGACUGUUCGCACUAAGAUUUAUCAUGACAACUACUUGCUCCUUAUCAUGUCAGUAUUUUUAUUUUACCUCUUAACUUCAUAAUUUCUUAUAUACUUCUUCAUAAUUAUUUAAGAAGUAAUUUCAAAUAAUUUGAAAUCCUCAUUUAAAAAUUCAAAUUUGAACACUGGUUUAGCAUGAUCAUGUUCUUAUUUAAGGGAAAUAUUGAAGCUUAAAGUUCAAAUUCUUCAUGGAACUACCAGUGGUAGUGUCUUCAGUUACAGUCAACUUUUAAUUGCGCUGCAAUCAAUAAGUGAAUCUAUUCUGAAUAGUAUCAGGUAAAUGGAAAAGCACUAGUCUUCAAAAUCAUAAGCCAGACAUUUCUUGAGUGUUUCAUUGGAAAAUGGAUGUAGCCCAUCUUUAUGUUAUCUGUUAUUUUUUCAGAAAUACCCCUAGAGUGUCCAAUCAUCAGUUGGUCUAGUGAUUCUAGGACAGAUGAGCAAUUGAUCGAUAAAGAGAAAUUCAAGUGGUUAAAUUUAAAUUUUCCAUGCAACUUGAUGUGACUACCAAAAACUCUCUGACUUAAAAACCAGUCAGCUUGGCGCAAAAUGACACACAAUACCCAAAGAAGGUAUUCAUCAGUUUUGCAACGGAACCAACCAAGGAAUUUCUUGGAACUGGAGAUACUUUUACAGUGACAUUGAAAGCAGUUUUAGGGUUGUUACAAUUACAUCGCUACAGAAAGAGCUGUCUUCUCCAGCUGAAGAAUUUUAUUCUUUUCAGGCUUUCAAAGAUUCUCGUAUCAAUUUUAAAUUAUUCGGGAAAAAAAAUGUUUGGUUUCAUUUGUAAAUAUUGUAAUUUAAUCCAUACUACUAGGCUUCUCUCCCAUCAACUAUUUGUUGUCUAAAAGGUUCAAUGUAAAUAGUUAUUUAUUUAAUUGAUGUGAUUUUCUUGAUUUAUAUAUUUUCUGCUUAAUAACAUAUAUAAAUAAUGAGCUGAUUUCUUUCUUCCCACUGGCCAUGCAAAUAUAUACUUGUUAACAGUUUGACAUUGACAAAAUCAGAUACUUGGUGCCAAUGUCAACAAGGGAGAGUCUUCAGACCAUAAUCACUCAAUUCUAUCCAUUUUAUUAUCAAGCAUAGUACAUAUACAAUCAAACAUAUACAAGUAACACGAUAACUUGGUAUAAUUUAACUGGCAGGCAAAUGUAGACAUUUGAAAUUUAGAGGAAACUUUGGUAGAAAUAAUUCUUACUUCAAUUUUUUUAAGUUGCUUAAUCUCCUCAAAUUUUUGCCCUAGAAAUAAACAACCCUGCUACCAAAGUGUUAAUUGUUAGCCAAGUACUCAAUUGUUUAUCAUAAAUUUUCAUAUCAAUACAUUAUUAUUUUAAUCAAAAAUUUAAUUCAAACAGCAAUAAUUUUCUUUAGACUGGUAAUGAGGAAGAACUAAGGCACAGGCAAAAGGUCAAGGGAAAAAUGUGGAAAAUCCGAGCCUCUGAGAAAACAAAUCGCUACAAAAUCGACCUACAGAAGACACCAAUGACCUGGUAGCGGUAUUCUCUGACUCUCAGCUGAGACCACUUGUGCAAGGAGAUGUGCAAGUUCCGCAAAACUGGUAUGUUAUGCUUUGGGCAUGUAAAAGAGGAGAUCCUUAAUGCCAAAUUUUCAGAUGACGUACAACCUGCGACCAUGGUUCUCCUUGUUGGGAAAAAUGAUUUGUCUCAACACGUCAUCAUGGAAAGGGCAAGAAGAGACUUUCAUGGUCUCCUUCGCACAACUAAGAAGAAUUUUUUGGAUGCUAGGAUCUUUGCUGUAUCAAUAUUGCCUCGGCUGGACGAAUAUUGGAUUGAGAGCAGCAAUACCACAAAAUAAUGUCUGAGGGGUGCAAAAAACUAGACGCUCAUUUCCUCAACGUUACCCCCAACUUUUAUAUUGGCGUCUGUGGUCUUGGAAAGACGGCCUCCAUAUCAGUGAAGACAAAGGACUGCCUUAUCCAGGGCAAAAUUUGCUUCCUGGAAAGCAACAAGGAAACUUGACCGAUCCCUCCCCACCCCUCCACCACCACCUCCAUCAAAGACUGCAUGCCAAAAGUCGAUAUGGAGGAAGCUUCAACACCAUCGUUCUGAAGGUCCGUUAAGGCAUGCCAAGGAGCCAGCUCCACCUGAAACGAAAAGGAAAAGAGUCUCUCUCCAUCACAGAGCUUGAUGGAAAUUGUUCAACAAGUGUGGAAAACAGGAAUCUACCCUUGCAGGAAAAAGAGUCAAGCCGUCAAAAGAGUCAAGUCAAACCCAAAACCUUUGGCUGCUCUUAUGCCACUGUAGUGAAAGGAAAGAAACACAUCAAGAACGAUAUGAUGUCCUACAAGUUGCCUGCUGUUCUGGAAUGCCAUGGUCGAGAGGAUAGGAUUCAGAAUGAUUACAGAGAUGACAGUAGCUCUUCAGAAACAGGAUCUUCAGCUGAAGUUUUUGUACUUUUUUCUUCUUGAGUAUCCUUGGAAGUGAUAGGGAAGAGAUGACAGUUGACUCUUUUGUUGAAGUGGGUGGAAAAAUUGAGAUGAAAGACUUCUAGCAGGGAAAAAAGGUGUUGUGAAGGUAGUUGGCGACAAUGUGUGUGGUGGUGGACAAGAAAGGAAAAGUGCCCUCUUCUUUGAUGUUGAGUGUUUUGCUGUAGCCGAAAGCCAACAUUGUUGUUUUGACAAGGAAGCCAAGAUCUGUAGAUGGAAUGAGCCCAACCCAAACGAUGUGCAGGAACUGCUAUGGAGGUGCUAUGGAGGAUGACUCGUUUUUUCUGGAGACUGUUGUGCAAUAUAUCCCAAAACACAUGGCAUUUGGCUUGCUGAAGUCCUGUGACACAAACUAUUGGCUUAGACAUCAAGUACCAUCGAGUGUUGCCAAGAAUGUUGAUCAGUUUCUUGUCUUGCAAGAUGGUAACAGACUUUACAGAGCUGCGUCAUUGGCUAAAUUCAAAAUAUCAGAUUUUUUGCCAACUUUGCGCAUCUUGUCAAUGAAGUAUGGCAUAGAGAAAUUUGAGCAGGUUAUGAAGCAGGUGAUGUACUGUCAUCAUGUGUUUUGUGCCGUCUAUUUCACAUAAUUAUUUGUACAUAUGGGUUCACUACUUAACAGUAUUACAUGGUUGUGAUAGUCAUUGCCUCCUCGAUUAUUUGUUACCUGAAUUUGUUUCAAAGUAAACUUUAACCUUGAGUAAACUGUGUGCAAACAAUUUCAGAUAAAUGACGUUGGCAGAUAAGAAUUCUCUGCAAGGCAGUGGCGUGAAGAUAUUGAGAAAUGAUUAAAACCCCAGAUUCUGCUUACCACAUUGCCUAACUAUGAAUGCAGUAAGUUUUAUAUUUAUAAAUUUUCUAUGGCAAGGUCAGUCACGUGAAGAUAUUGAGAAACGAUUAAAACCCCAGAUUCUGCUUACCACAUUGCCUAACUAUGAAUGCACCCCUCUACACUUCUACUGUCAAUCCCGAUGGGUGCCACGAUCAACUGCUAGUCUCCAGCAAGAAAUAGAAAUUUCCAACUAAAGCAGAAGAAUAGCAUGGGUAAGAUCAACAUUCUUUUGGGCUGUGGACUGAAAUGGACAGGUCACAGGCAGGGUGUACCCAUUCCUCCAUCAUAGCUGUGAUGAGAAUCUUCUUGACAGAUGUGAUGCUGGAAUGUACUGCCGAAAACAGGAAACAGCAAGGCUUGUCAAGUGCAAAUAUUGCCUCCAGAACUACAGUCCCCUUGAUAAAAAGGAACUAUAACCAGGCAAUCAAAACUGUACCUGUGGCUGUCAUAUUUCACACGCAGACCUUUCCAUUGUUGACAGAUAUAGCUCAAAAGAUAAAGUCCAGCCUCUACUGGAAUCAUACUUUGCUGGAAUCAAGCGCCAUGUUGCCAAUGUUCUGAAAUUUCACUUGGAACCAGCAUCUAAUAGAGGAAUGAAAAUUCAUCAAAAUACCUGCUUGUUGGAAACGCCCCUGCAGAACCAGCAAGGAGCAAAGAAAAAAUGUCAGCAAAGGCUCAGAUAACAGCGAGUUGUUAAUGAGAGUUCUAGGCAGCAUAAGCGAGUACAUUGCAAAAGGAAGCCAAAUGAAGGAGCUAAAGAGGAUGAUCUGUUUGGGCACAGCGUUCGAAAGCAGCUCAAAGGUCUAAAUGACUGUCAAAAAGUCUUGCAAAACUGAAGAUUCAGCAGAUUCUGUAUGAAAUUAAGUGGAACCAACCAACAAUUGAAUAGAAAUGUUGAUAACUUUAAACAUUGACACAAUUGAAAUAAAAUUGUCUUUUUACAUCACAUAAGUUUUUAAGUCAUAUUUUGGUCUCUCUUUGAUUUUUAUCUCAGUAGCUUUAAAUGUCAAAAUUCAUAUACUGUGUCCACAAAUAAUUUAAUUUAAAAGAUCUAUUCCUUGUAUUAGAAAUAACUCCUGUUUUAUUGAGAAAGCAGUUAGAGGCUGCAUAAAUACGAUAGGCAAAAACAUCUUAUAUAAGCCUAUGUGUUAGCAUUAUGUAUAUGCAGUUUCAACUGGGCAAAAAGCUGCAAUUAAUACGAUAGUGGCUUUAUCAUCAAGAGUUGUAAAUUCUUCUGUAGCUCAAACAAGAUUCAUUGUUUAUUAAUGGAACUUAAAAAUUAAAUUCCAAAAGUAUUUUUUCUCCAUUCUAAAGAGGUUUUGUGACCAAAAGAUGUAAGUCCUCAAUCUACCACAAAUGGCAAAAUUUUCAUGCUAAAUCAAGGAAAAUCUUGAAAACGGCUAAGAUUCACAUACCAAAAUAUACCCUUUAUGUAAUGUAUAGGUAAAGCCCUAUCAGAAUAAUUAUAUUUCACAUUGUAAAAAUAAGCCCUUUAUUAAAAAACAUGAGAACAAACUUUGACCAUUUCUUAUUAAAAUCAUAAUAUGGUUAUGCAAUCUAUAUUGAUAUGAAACCGAAAUGUGCACUGGGAAAUUUUUCUGAGGACAAAAUGCUGCUAUUAUUAUAAACUGAUGAUAACAUUAGGUAUGAACUCUUCAUUUCAUCCCUAGAUAUUAAGAUAGUUGCCCAAAAAAAUCCUAAAUUUAUGCUAAAAGAGGCCUGGAACAGACUUCAUGGCCUCCAUUUUAUGCAAAACAUCCCAAUAUUGUAAAAUUUAACUUCACUUUGUGUGACUAUACUAGGCUGUGUGACUAUAUCCAAUAUCUAGCCCUUAAAAGGGCUGUAUCUAAUGAGUGUCAUAAGUUGUUUCACUAUAUACUAUUUGUUACUGUUUUCUGAUACCAUACACUU